AUGGGACAAUGCUAUAGCAAGAAAUCUGUGGUCCCAGAGUCUGACACCCCAGAGAGAAGCAGCAUGACGUCUGGAAGUUUAGAGUCAGAUACACAACAAGAAAACAAAGUAUCGAAAGUGUCCCUGGAUACUGGACAGAUGGCGUUUACCUUGGCCCAACUUGAGUCAUUGGAGACUUGUCUGAAAGAAGCAGAAGAAAAGGCUAAAGCUUUAUCUGAACAGCUUUCAGUCUCUGAAGGAACAAAGUCAAAACUGCUUGAACAAGUAUCCCGGCUGGAGGAAAAACUGGAGGCUGUUGUGGACCACAAGGAAGCCAGUGGGGAACCAUAUGAAAAAAUGGUUCUUGUGAAAAACCAGUGCAUCCAGAAAUUGCAAGCUGAAGUAAAAGCUUCCCAGGAGCAACUUACAGCCCAGAAACUAAAGCAUGAAAAGAAAGUGAAAAAGCUACAAACUGAUUUGGCAACAGCUAAGCAAGAGGCUGCCAUCACAGUUCUGGAACUCAAUGAGAAGAUAAAGACUCUAUGUGAAGGAAAGCCAGCCCCUAGAGAAGACAGCUCGCUGGAAGGGUUCUGUGGAGGUCUCCCACCUGUGGAAGAAGGUGAUAGAAAAAUUAGCCUGAUAAUGGAACUGUCGACCCAGGUUUCCCUUCAGACUGAGAGGAUCACUCAGCUGAAAGAAGUUUUGGAGGAAAAGGAAAGGAAGAUUCAGCAGCUGGAAGCUGAGCGGAGUCCCCAUCCUCCCCAAGAGGUCAAGGACCCUCCAGGAUGUUUACCAGAAGCCCCAGUUUUCUCUACUGAUGACGUCCCUCCUGUGGUCUCUGAUGAGAAUUUGUAAAGAUUCCCAGUAAGAAAACAAUAAAAGUUUAUUAAGUGUCAUCCA